AUGACUGUGUCUGAUGGAAAUUCGGGCUUUUUACGAGCAGCGCGAGCAGGAAAUCUCGAGAAGGUUUUGGAAUACCUUCGUUCAUCAAUUGAUAUAAAUACUAGUAAUGCUAAUGGAUUAAAUGCACUACAUUUAGCAUCAAAGGAGGGUCAUGUAAAUAUUGUUCAAGAACUUCUUUCACGUGGUGCCAAUGUCAAUGCAGCAACGAAGAAAGGAAAUACAGCUCUUCAUAUUGCAUCAUUAGCUGGUCAAGAAGAAGUUGUUAAACUUUUAGUUAAACAUAAUGCUAAUAUUAAUUGUCAAUCACAAAAUGGAUUCUCUCCUUUGUAUAUGGCUGCACAAGAGAAUCAUAUCGAAGUUGUUAAAUUCCUGCUCGCUAAUGGCGCUAAUCAAAGUUUAGCAACUGAGGAUGGAUUUACACCUUUGGCGGUUAGUCUUCAACAAGGCCAUGAGAAAGUUGUUGCUAUACUCUUAGAAAAUGAUUCAAAAGGUUCGAAAGUUCGUCUACCGGCAUUACAUAUAGCAGCAAAAAAAAAUGAUACAAAGGCAGCCGCCUUAUUAUUACAAGGCGAUAAUCAACCAGAUCUUAACUACAAGGGAGGAGGUUUUGUUAAUUGUACAACCAAGUCUGGUUUUACUCCAUUACAUAUAGCUGCUCAUUAUGGAAAUUUAGAAGUUGCACAAUUAUUAAUUAGUCGUGGUGCCGAUGUCAAUUAUGCAGCAAGUCAAAAUAUAACGCCACUUCAUGUAGCAUCUAAAUGGGGCAAAGAAAAUAUAGUACGACUAUUACUUGAAAAAGGUGCACAAAUUGAUGUUAAAACAAAGGAUGGAUUAACACCUCUUCAUUGUGCUGCUCGAUCUGGUCACGAACAAGUUGUUGAUUUAUUACUUGAAAAUGGUGCUCCAUUUGGCGCAAAAACAAAAAAUGGUCUCUCAGCACUUCAUAUGGCUGCUCAAGGUGAUCAUGUUGAUGCUGCACGUAUUUUACUUUAUUAUAAAUCUUCACUUGUCGAUGAUGUUAGCUCGGAUUAUCUUUCGCCGUUACAUGUUGCAUCGCAUUGUGGUAAUUAUAAUGUCGCUAAAGUCCUAUGUGAACGUAAUGCUGAUGUUAAUGCCAAAGCAUUAAAUGGUUUUUCAUGUUUACAUAUCGCAUGUAAAAAAAAUCGUCUAAAACUUGUUGAACUAUUAAUAUCAAAUGGUGCCGAUUUAGAAGCUAAAACAGAAUCGGGUUUAACUUGUUUACAUGUUGCAUCAUUUGUUGGUAGUCAUGAUAUUGUUGUUUAUUUAUUACAACAUGGUGCAAAUAUAAAUGCAACAACAGUACGUGGUGAAACACCAUUACAUUUAGCAACACGUAAUAAUCAAGUUGAAAUUGUUCAAACAUUACUUCAUUAUGGUGCAUCAGUUGAUAUGAAAGCUAAAGAAGCACAAACAUGUUUACAUUUAGCAACACGUUUGGGUAAUAUUGACAUUGUUAAUUUAUUAUUAAAAGCUAAUGCUAAUGUUGAUAAUACAACAAAAGAUGGAUAUUCAAGUUUACACAUAGCAGCUAAAGAAGGACAUGAAGAAAUUGCUAGUUUAUUAAUUGAUCAUGGAGCUAAUUUAAAUUUAUUUACUAAAAGAAAUUUUUCUGCAUUACAUAUUUGUAGUAAAUAUGGUAAUAUUAAAGUUGCUAAUCUUCUUUUACAAAAAGGAGCUAAACCAGAUUGUCAAGGAAAAAAUGAUUUAACACCAUUACAUUGUGCUGUUCAUUAUAAUCAUGGAAAUAUAGCAUUACUUUUAUUACAACAUGCAGCGAGUCCACAUGUAACAGCACGCAAUGGUUAUACACCAUUACAUAUAGCAGCUAAAAAAAAUACUCAUGAUAUUGCUGAAAUGUUAUUAGAAUAUAAUGCAAAUACAAAUGCACAAUCAACUGGUGGUUUUACACCAUUACAUUUAAGUUGUCAAGAUGGUCAUUCGGAUAUGACUCAUCUUUUAUUAGCUCAUCAUGCUAAUCCAAAUAUAGCGUCAAAAUGUCAUUUAACACCAUUACAUUUAUGUGCACAAGAAGAUCGAGUUAAAUGUGCUGAAGCAUUAGUUAAUAAAAAUGCCAAUAUUGAUGCACAAACACUUAGUGGUUAUACAAGUCUACAUGUUGCUUGUCAUUUUGGUCAAAUAAAUAUGGUUCGAUAUUUACUUGAACUAGGUGCCAAUGUUAACAUAGAAACCAAUCUUAUGUUUACACCACUUCAUUCAGCUGCUCAACAAGGUCAUGUUAUGAUUGUUAAAUUAUUACUUGAAAAUGGUGCUUCACCAAACAAAACAAAUAAACAUGGAAUGACAGCAUUAUCAAUUGCACAACGUCUUGGUUAUAUAUCUGUUGUUGAAGAACUUAAAGUUGUUACUGAAACAACAGUUACUAGUAAACAUGAAUUAUUAAGUGAAGAACGUUAUAAAAUUCAAGCACCAGAAAUUUCUCAUGAAGAACAACCAUUAACUGAUUCUGAUGAUGAAGGAGACAUGCUUGGUGAUGCUAGUUCAAAUGUUCAUAUGCAAUAUUUACGUGAAGGUGUUUUAAUGACUGAAGCAGAAGAAAAUAAACUUAAUCAAACAUCAUUAAUUAAAGAAGAAUCUGAAUAUCCAAUGUUAGCAACAAAAGAUGGUUGGAAUGAAAGUCGAGAUAAUUUACAUGAUCAUCAACAAACACCUAUUAAAACACAACCAACAUAUACGGCUGAUAAUGAAAUAAUUACAAAACCACGUCAUGGAGGAUUUUUGGUAAGCUUUUUGGUUGAUGCUCGUGGUGGUGCAAUGCGUGGUUGUCGACAUUCAGGUGUACGAGUUAUUAUACCAGCAAAACGUGCUAGUAUGCCAACAAGAAUAACAUGUCGUUUUGUUAAACGUGAUAAAUUAACUGUACCACCACCAUUAAAUGAAGGUGAAGCAUUGGCAGCAAGAGUUUUAGAAGUUGGACCUGUCAAUUGUAAAUUUCUUGGACCUGUUAUUCUUGAAAUUCCUCAUUUUGCUUCAUUACGUAAUCAUGAACGAGAAAUCAUUGUUUUACGAAGUGACAAUGGUGAAAAAUGGACAGAACAUACAAGUCCAACCACAGAUGAAGCCGUACGUGAUGUACUCGGUGAUACGGUUGAUUCUGAAGAACUUGAAAAUCUCGAAGAACUUCAUUCACGUCGAAUAACACGUAUAAUAACAAAUGAUUUUCCACGUUUUUUUGCUUUAAUAACACGUUUACGUCAAGAAGCACAUUUUAUUGAUGAACAAGGUGGUUUAUUAACAUCAACAAUAAUACCUAAAGUUCAAGCUCUUAUACCUGAAAAAGCAUUACAAAAACGUAUUCGUAUAUCACUUCAUGUUUUACCAAUAUCAUCUCAACUUCUUCAACGUUCAUAUGGUACACGUGUUAAUGUAAGUCCUAUUGUAACAGUUGAACCACGUCGAAGAAAAUUUCAUAAACCAAUUACAUUAACAAUACCAUUACCAGCAAAAUCUUUAUCAACAACAAAACAAGGUCAUCAACGAGAAUCUCAACAACAUGGAAAUGCAUAUACAAGUGAUUCUCAAACACUUCGUUUAUUAUGUAGUAUUACUGGUGGUACACAUCCAGCACAAUUUGAUGAUAUUACAGGACAUACACCAUUGACAUUUUCAAAUGAUUGUGCUACAUUUACAACAACUGUUUCAGCUAGAUUCUGGUUAAUCGAUGGUCAAGGCGUACCAGAUGUAUUAAAAUUAGCUCAUGAAAUAUAUCGUGAAGCAACAUCAGUACCAUAUAUGUCACGUUUUGUUGUAUUUGCUAAACGAAAUGAUCCAAAUGAAUCACUUGUUCGUGUAUUUUGUAUAACUGAUGAUAAAGAAAAUAAAACACUUGAAAUGCAAGAACAUUUUAUUGAAAUAGCUAAAUCAAAAGAAGUUGAAGUUAUUAAUGGAAAUGCAAUUUAUUUGGAUUUACAAUCAAAUAAUUUACAAACAAUUGUUAAAACAAAUGAACAAUUAACAUUUACAUUUCGAGCAUUUCGAGAAAAUCGUUUACCAUGUAUUGUUCGUAUACGUGAUCAACAACAAGAACCAACAGGACGUUUAAUAUUUUCAAAAGAUAAUGGUAAAUUAACAACUUUACCACGAACAGCAUCAAGUACAAUGACAAAUGGACAUGUACCAUCAAAUACAAUGAUUGAUCCACAAUUAUUACAACCUAUAUGUAAUUUAAAUAUUGUUUUACCAUCAUAUGAUAGAGAUUUAAUUGAGAAUGAAGAACGCAUGCGAGCUCUUCAUUCAGCUGAGCGAGAUUCUCGUUUAGAAAGUUGGAGAUCUGAUGAUAUGUAUCGAAAAGGUGAAAUUCGUUUAACGGAUAUAGCACGAUUAUUAGGCAGCGACUGGCCAGCACUUGCUGCUGAACUUGAAUUAACUGAAGAAGAAGUUACUAAAUUAAUGGAUGAAUAUGGAGAAAAUGCUGCUUUACAUAUGUUACGAUAUUGGCUUAAAUCACGUGGACCUGACGCAACAGGUAACUGUCUUCAGCAAGCCUUACGUAAAAUUGGCAAAGAAAAUAUUGUUCAGAAUUGUGUAUUUAAUAUUGAAUGGGUUACGGAUGCAGCAGAAAAAGAAGUAGCCAAAGCACGUUUAACUAGUCGUGGGGGAAGUAUAGAUGGAACAACAACUGGUGGACGUCGUUUAGAUGAAGGUUUUGAAAGUGAUGAUGAAUAUGAACGUCGUCGUCAUGGAAGAUCUAAUAUCAUAAUUAAUGAUACAAUUCGACCACGUACAAUAAUAAAAACUAUAACAUUUGAAGAAACAAUUGAAGAUGAAUUAGGAGAAAAGAAACAAGAAAAAAUUUCAUCUCAACAAAUUCUAAAUCCACAAUUUAAACAAUUAGAACCACUUAAAAUGAUUAAACGAGAUUUAUCUAAAGAUUUUCUUCCAUCAUCAUCAUCAACCUCAAGUGCUGAUACAAUAAUAAAUACAAAAAUUCAUGAAAAACGAUUAGGCGAACGUGAUGGUCCUUUACACUAUGUUGAUUCAAGUAAAGUCCCAACACCAGCGUCACGUUAUGGUGGUUAUUAUUCAAUAUAUCAUCCACCGAAUUAUUCAGGUUCAAUAACACCAUUAAGUUGUUAUUCACAUCCAUUUGAAAUGAUACAUAUUGAAAGUUUAAGAGAAAAAUUAAAUAGACUAACACGUGAUAAAGUUGAUCAUGAUGAUUCAUUAGGAAAACAACGAAGUAUAGAUCUUAGUGAAGGACGCAAAACACCAACGGAAUAUCCAACAAGAAAACACUUACCAAAACGAGAUGAUUUUGGUAUUGUUCAUAUAGCCAAAGAAGCAACUCCAAUAGAAUUCGAUUAUGAAAUACCAUCAACUAAAACCUUAUCUGCUAUGGAUACAGUUGUUCAAGAAACACCUGUUUCUUCAAUAAAACUUGAUGCUAAGAAAUUAGAUGAAGACGUACCACAAAAACAACAACAACAACAACAAGAAUCUACUAUUAUAACGACUGAACAACCAACUCAAAUCCUUGAUGAUACUUCACCUACGCGUACUAAUUUACCAUCUCAAACAGUAACACCUGUAGGUGAACGUUUAAUAAAAUCAAAAAUCAUACCCGAACAAGCACGUGCACUAGCACAUGCACUUAAACAUGCUGUUGUUAAACCAUUAAAAAAAACAAUAGCUACAAAAAAAAUGAAAUCUUUUGAAAUGAAUACAAAUGAACCACAAAUAACACAUUCAUUAUCAACACCAUCAUCAAUGAUUAUUGAAAAUUCCGAUAAUAUUGUAAAUGAAACAUAUGUUGAUUCACUUGAAUCAAUAAGUCCUUUAGCAUUAACACCACCACCAGCUAAACCACCACGUCAUAAUGAUGAAUCUGGUUCAUCAUCAUCUAUAGAUAUAAGUUCACCACCAACAAAACCACCUAGACAUUUUUCUUUAUCGAGUACUAAUAAUAAUGAUGAUGAUGGUCUAAUACAACAAACAGAUAAUGUUGUUAAAAAAGUUUUAAAUCUUGUUGAUACAUUUGGUAUCAUAUCAGAUAAUGAUCAUGAUAUGAAUAUUUUACGACAAACAUCACCAUCAGAAACCUAUGUACAACAACAACAACCAUCAACUAUUGAUGAAUUUGAAAAUGAAAAUUUAAAUAAUUUUCAUACAAUUAAUACAUUUACUGUUGAUCCAGCAAGAAUAAUUUUAAAAACUGAUUCAUCAUUAAUAACAAAAUCAUUUGAUGAACCUUCAGCAACACAUUCAUCAUAUCCAAUUGUAUCGUCAUCAAAUGAUUUUUCAUUUUCUUCGAAUGAUAAUAAAACUCCUAUUGAAAUAACACAAUUAGCAAACAAUUUAACAGAAAAUAUUUUUGAAGAAAUUGAAAAAGAAUUUGAAAGACAAGAGCAAUUAACAAAUCUUAAUACAAAUAUAAAUAAUGAUCGACAAAAUUUAAUUGAUAAAUUAUCUACACAAUCAUCAAAAUCAACAAAUAAUACAUUUCGUGAUAAUGCACCAUUAUUACCUCAAUCAAUAGCAACAACACAUCCAGCAUCAAUUCAAUCGACGACCCGUCCUCUAAUGUUUGUUUCACUUGAGCCAAGUUUUAAUAUAACAAAAACAUUUUCACCAUUAAUUGAUAUUGUUACAACAAAACCGACACCAAAAAUAACAACAUCCGUUACAGUCAUAAGUCCACCACAACCAGAAAUUUCAUCAACAAUAACAACAAAUAUAAAUUCUGAUGAUGAAGAACAAUUAAAUAGUUCUUCCACAUUAAUGCCAAAUAGUAGUAUAGCUUCCGAUCGUUCGAAAUUUUUGCAAACUAGUAGUAAAGAAAGUAGUAUUGAUUCAAAUGAUACAAAUCUAUCAGAUAAUGCUAUAUCACAACAAUUAAAUACAGGUAGUGCAACACCGGCACGUUCACUGCUAUCGGAUUAUGAUAAUUUACAUGGUUCAUACGGAAGUUUAAAUGAUGACACUCAACAGCCGAUAUCUCUGCCUCCAAUUUCCGCAAUAUCAUCUGAAGCAAUAUCAUCUAUGCCGACAAUUACUAAUCCAACUGCAACAACAUCAAUGUCAACGAUUAAUGAAAGUUUCGAAAGUAUACCAUCAUCUACAGGAACAUAUGCAACCGCUAUGAGUACAUUGACAAAUGAUACUACAAGUGAUUCAACAACACUAACUCAACAUAUAAAUUCCUAUAUAAGUGAUGAAGAUCUUGUUGAAUCAUAUGAAGUUGAAACACCAACCCUCCCAUCUAGCAAUCCAUUUCGUUUUAUUAAAGCAUCGCCGCCUAUAAUCGAAGUUGUCGAAGACAAUAGUGAACCUGCUGAUGAAGACGAUAUGUCAUUUUUAAAUGAUAUUCUUGAACAAUACAAUCAUAAUUUUCAUUUACAAGACACUCCUGCAAGACAUAUUAGUGAUACGGAACAAAUAUCAACUGAUGUGAAUAAAGAAGUUCAACAUUAG